CGCAAUGCCUUUCCCACGAAGAAAACGGAAGGCAUGUAAUGAGUGCCACAAAUCAAAGACACGGUGCUCCCAAUCUAGCCCUUGUAGUAGAUGCCGUGCCCGGAAUUUGACAUGCGAAUACGUCCAUGACUUCUUGAACCCAUAUGGCAGUAACCCGCAAGGUCAAGAUAAUUGGGGCUCAGUACUGCCAACUAUUGGAAACUUUGGCGAUGAUCCAACCAUAAACCCCAGUAACGCGCUUGAGCCAACUUUUGAUGAGAUAGUCAAUGGCGCUAUAAGCAGCUCGACUGGGCCUCAGCCUGGCUUAACGUUUCCGCCCGCCUUGGGAGAGAUGGCAACGCAAGGGUCGGAAAACUUGUCACAGCAAAUACUAGUUCCGCCGAACUUAAUAUCAAAACACAUACCUAUUAAUAUUUACUUUCAGCCUACUGUCGAUCCAGCAGAAGACGCAAGCGAACUGUCUUGGUUGCAAGUUGGAAAUAGCCAUUGCCUUGACCCCGAAGGACAUAAGCCAAAGACUUCGGUGACACAAAAAAAGGAAACAAUCGAAUCAAAAUUGACCAAAAAAUUGUUAAUUGGGCAGCUUCUCAACUACUCCAAGAUGAUGAAUAGUAAUCGUCUUCCACCUUUUAUCUUUGCCCCGUGCAAACAAGACGAUGGCUGUGGAUUAAAUGGAAGCCACCAAUGUCUAUUACGGCCCCUGGAAAAUUGCCGUGCCAUUACAACAAUAGCAGAGAAUAUAGAGGCAUCAAACAAGGGCUUUUUUUGGACGAUUGUUGAAAAUGAGGUGCUGCGAUUGUACAAGGAGUUGUCGCGCAUGAAUUGUUAUGAGGUCCAGGCAUCAUUACAGGCAUGUACAAUUUAUGCCCUAUUAUAUACACGAUAUAUAAAGCCGAUUCAAGCUGGAAGCGUACUCCCAGUUAUUAAAGCAAUUAUUGAUUUUGGCCGACACCUCCAUAGCCUAUAUAACUUUCGAGCUCCGCUAAGUACAGACGAAAGCGUUAUCAGACAAGAAUGGAUACUGAGAGAGAGCACUCGCCGGACAAUAUGUGUGCUUUACGGUAUAGAACUACUCCUGGAUGUGUUCAGUGAAGAUCCAGACCAUGUGAAAUGCCGGGGACUUGAAAAUGUGCCACUUCCAUGCACUCGAGAUCUCUGGGAGCCAGUCCCGGACUCUAUAUGGAUAAGACGGUAUCAAAAUUCCAUGUCGCUACACCACGGAUAUGAGACUAUGUGUCUUGGGACGAUACAAUCUUCAAUCUUCCUGUUGAGGGGCCGAACUACUGAGACUGGAUCGAAACAAUCUGACUCUCAUGAAGCGAUUUCUCAUUGGUGCGAAGAGGCUGAUGAGCUUGGAACCCUUGUAUGGAUGACGAUUAUGGUGGAAACGAGAUGAGUUGAGGAGAGGUUUGAACAUUUGGCUUGGCAAGGUAUUUCACGCCGAGCCCGAAUAACAUUUAAUGUCAAUAUCCGAAAUUAAGUAUAUAUCGCCUGCCUUUAAUGCAG